CGUCUAGAUCGUCAUGAGCCGCACGAAGCGACGGCCUGAGCCCGCGGCGCCUUCGGAGGCGCCGCGCAAGGUCCCGCGCGCUCUAGUCGAGAUCGGUGACUUCAACCAGCCGCCGCUCCCGUCGCAGCCUCUGGCGGAGAGGCCGCCCGCCGCAGCGUCGAGCGCGCGCGAGGCGGUGCCGCCGCCGUCCGACUGGGUGUGGCCGCGCGAGGGCGAGCGGAUCGAGGUGGAGGUGCUGCGCGACGGCGACCGCAUCGCGCGCUGGAUCACCGCCACCGUCGCCUCGGUGCUCGCCGACGGCUGGUUCUCGGCGCUGAUCCGCGUGACGAGUGGUGCGCAGCACGACGAGUGGACGGACUGGUUCACGUGGCUCGAGGAGGGCAAGGACUGGCGGCGCGCCGGCCGCGCGCUCGAGAAGGGCUGGGACGCCGCCACCGUCCAGCGCAAGCUGACCGCCCUCCGAGAGGCUGCCAAGCCGGCGCCGAGGCCGCUGAUGCCAGCGAGCAGGCCCGGCAGCAGGCCUGACCGGCCUCCACCUCCGACCGAUGCGGAGCUCGCGAAUCUGCCAGCCGGGCUCUGCAAGCGAUACCAGCAGGGACGCUGCCACAAAGGCCGCUCGUGCAAGUGGAAGCACGAGCUCUGGCCGGAGCUGCAGGCGCGGUGGGAAAAGUUCCGCAAGUCGGGAGAGGCCGCCGCCGCCGCCGCCGCCGCGCGCCGGCCCCGCCUCUCACCGGCCAAGCCGGCCGUCUCUGUCCUCCCUCCCCGAAGCCUCUCGCGGGGCAUCCCUUGUAGGCCCGCCUCCGACGCGCCCAAGCCCCGCCGCAGCGACCCGCGCAGAGACAAGCCGCGCGCCAAGAAGGGGCGCGCGGGGCCGCACCCCGCCGCCUCCUCCUCCUCCGCCUCCGCCUCCGCCUCCGCCUCCGCCGCCGCCUUACCCGCCGCCACCACGCUGCAUCUCCCCGACACGCGAGCCUUCUGGGCGGCCGCGGCGGAGCGCGUCCCUGCGGCCGCGCGGUACGAUGCGCGGCGCGUCGAGGCUGCGGCCCGCGGGCUGGAGGGGUCGCUGCUUGUCGCGCCGCACGACCGCGUCGAGUGGUUCCCCGAGCCUUCUCGGAGCGUCGACCGCGGCGGGGGAGAUGGCCGGGAGGCGGCGCCGAUGCCGGUGGCGUACAUCGCGCAGCGGAUCGACACGGACGACCCGCUGUGGGGGUGGCAGGUGCGUCACGCGGCCAGCGGCCAGCUGCAGGGCUUCGUCACGCUGACGCGCUUCACGACCUGGAGCGCCGACUUUGCGUGGGACUCGUCCUCGCGCGAGUCGGGCAUGCCUUCGGCGCGGCUGUCCAACGCGCGGCUGCGCAGCGGCGAGCCGUACGGCGUCGACCCGCUGAGCCACACCACCAGCGGCGAGGGGCUGGCGGAGGUCGCGAGGGCGCGCGGCGUGGACGUGGCCGAGCUGGUCAACCUGAACAAGGACCUCUACCCGGGCAUCAAUUCGCGCUCGAAGCUGCUCGACGGCACGCGCAUCCAGCUCGCCGACCCCGCCGUCGCGGACCUCGACGCCGACUGCAGCCGGAAGGACACGCCGCGCACCGUCGCCGCGCGCACGCGGCUGCCGCUCGACGACUUGCUCGCCAUCAACGCCGCGCGGUUCAGCGGCGGGCUGGAGGCGGACUCGCGCCUCGAGCGGCAAGCUGGUGGCCGUGCGGACACGCCUCUCGACGGCAAGCCGCUGCUGCUGCGCGACCGCGAGAGCGAGGAGCGGCGCGGCGACCCGACAAAGGACGGGGUGCAGUGGACCCGCAUCGCCGAGGUCGGCCUCCUCGCCUCUCUCGGCGGCGGCGGCACCCUCGUCCGCUACGCGCUGCAGCGGCUCAAGGCGGAGGGGCACUACCACUUCGCCGUCUGCCAGGCGACGCUCGCCGCCGUCGGCUUCUACGAGCGGAUCGGCUUCCGGCGCGUGGGCGCGAGGGCGCGGUACGCGGAGAACCGCGAGGGCGAGUGGACGGGCUACCGGCAUUGGGCGGAGGCGGACGAGCGGACAGUGGCCGAGUUUGGCGACACGAGCUACCUGAUGGCGCUCGACUUGCGCGAGUGGUCGGCCGGGCCCGCGCUCGAGUUGCCGGUGGCGGACGAGUACCCGGCGGUGGCGGCGGACGCGAAGGCGCCGGACUUGCGCCGGAUGAGCUACGAGGGGGGCACGCUCGCGUACGAGUCGGGCGACGGCGUGGUCGUGUCGCUGGUGCCUGUCGCGGACGGCCCUCCCGGCUCAGAGCCGGAGCUGCGCAUGGACGUGACGUACGAGAUCGAGUCCAUCCUGAGCCACCGCGGGACCGGCCGCAAGCUCGAGUGCGCGAGAUAUGGGGAGAUAUGGGGAGAUGUAGGGAGAUGUGAGCCACCGCGGGACCGGCCGCACGCUCGAGCGCGCUCGGGCACGGUGGUCACGUGGCAGCGCUCGCACCACAAGCAGAAGGAGUAG